AUGUCGUCCACACCGUAUAUUGGAUCGAAAAUAAGUUUAAUCUCCAAGUCGGAGAUCCGUUAUGAGGGCAUACUGUAUAUGGUGGACCCUAAGGAGUCGACCAUCGCCCUGGCAAAAGUUCGUUCGUUCGGCACCGAAGAUCGACAGGCAGAUUACGUGGUUCCGGCCCGCAAUGAGGUCUACGAAUAUAUCAUCUUCAAAGGCAGUGAUAUAAAAGACCUAAUCGUAAGAGAUUCUCCUCAGCCGGUACCGCACCUAUAUUCUGGCUUGCCGUACGAUCCUGCGAUCAUUUCUGUGUCAAAGCAGCCCCAGCCAGGCACCGGUCCUUUCUCUCAGGUGGAAAAUGUACAGCAGAACUUCGCCACCGGUCAGCAAGCUUCGCGUUCAGAGACCCCUUUGCAGCCGAGAAUUUCUAGCCCGACCGUGGAGGUCAGCGUACAAACAUGUCAGUCGCGGGCGCCAGGCUCUGGCAGGCAAGGAAGAGCUGUUCCUUCAAAUUAUCAGGCGUCUAGGCGCGGUGGUGGCAUGAAUAUGGUCGCCGCACAACGAGGCAAUGGAAACAAUAUGCGCCCAUUCAUGCGCGUCCCUCCUAGUCCUGUGAUGUACAAGGACAGAAUACGACACAACCAAAACUACAUGAUGGGUUACCGUUCAAAUUUUGCAUACGAGGCGCCCAACCAAGGAUAUUACAACCAACGCGGUGGCAAUUACAUGUGUCGCAAUCACUAUGGCGGCCAACGCAUGCGGAACCAGUACCCCCAUGAAAAUGGCCCAAAGGUGCACUAUGAUAGUGACUAUGACUUUGAGCAAGCGAACAAAGAAUUCGAAGAAACGCUUAAUAAUCUUAAAGAAGAAUUUGCCAAGACCAAAAUAGGUAAACUGGUAGAAUGGACUUUUGAUAUAAUUGCACCACAACUUAAUUCAAUCUGUUAUUUAGAUGACGGGAAGACUGAAAAGGAAGAGAAGAAAAAUGAUGAUUCAGGAACGGAAACGCAAGUCGGUGAAAGUGAAGAACACGAAGAGGAGAAGGCGUUUUACAACAAGGAAAAAUCCUUCUUUGACAAUAUAUCAUGCGAAACACUAGAGAAAAAUACAGGGAAAGGCUCUCGUUCAAACUGGAAGAAGGAGCGAGAGGUCAAUCAGCAAACGUUCGGUACUGCCGCUUUGCGUAGUUUCCAACAGCGCCGCUCCAACAUGAGAAUGCCCAUCUCUGGUAGCAAUUACCGACGCGGCGGAUACUACAAUCGCUAUAAUCCACGAUUUCGGUUAGUGCGCUGUGUUUGAUU